CGGGCUGACGGCCAUGGAUGUCAACCAGCCCAAGCAGGAGCAUUUGCUGGCUCUGAAAGGUACCGACAACGCGGCCCCGCCGGUUCCCGCUUGCCCGCCCCUGAUUCGGUGUUGAAACAGCGUGUCUGAUCCGCAGUCGAGUGAUGAGGCUAACCAAACCUACCUUAUUCACUAAUAUUCCAGUGACUUGUGAAGAAAGAGAUUUGCCAGGUAAUCUAUUUAACCAGCUCAUGAAAGAUGAUCCUUCUACUGUGAAAGGUGCUGAAACUUUGAUGUUAGGAGAAAUGUUGACUUUGCCUCAAAAUUUUGGAAAUAUAUUUCUGGGAGAAACAUUUUCCAGUUAUAUUAGUGUGCACAAUGAUAGCAAUCAAGUUGUCAAGGACAUACUGGUGAAGGCUGAUCUUCAGACAAGUUCUCAGCGUUUGAACCUUUCAGCUUCUAGUGCUGCAGUGGCAGAGCUUAAACCUGACUGUUGCAUUGAUGACGUGAUCCAUCAUGAAGUAAAGGAGAUAGGAACACACAUCUUAGUUUGUGCAGUAAGUUACACUACGCAGACUGGAGAGAAGAUGUACUUCAGAAAGUUCUUCAAAUUUCAGGUUCUUAAACCACUAGAUGUGAAAACGAAAUUCUACAAUGCGGAGAGUGACCUCAGUUCUGUGACAGAUGAAGUGUUUCUGGAAGCUCAAAUUCAAAAUAUCACUACCUCUCCCAUGUUUAUGGAGAAAGUUUCUUUAGAGCCUUCCAUGAUGUACAAUGUUGCAGAACUGAACACAGUUGACAUAGCAGGGGAAAGUGAGUCUACAUUUGGUGCAAGGACAUACUUACAACCUAUGGAUACACGUCAAUACUUAUACUGUCUAAAACCAAAGCAAGAAUUCGCAGAGAAAGCUGGAGUAAUAAAAGGUGUAACUGUGAUAGGUAAACUAGACAUUGUAUGGAAAACUAAUUUGGGUGAACGAGGAAGGCUGCAAACUAGCCAGCUCCAGAGAAUGGCUCCUGGUUAUGGCGAUGUAAGGCUUUCACUGGAGACAAUACCAGAUACUGUAAAUUUGGAAGAACCUUUUGACAUCACAUGUAAAAUAACAAAUUGCAGCAGUGAAAGGACUAUGGAUCUGGUUUUAGAAAUGUGCAAUACUAAUUCAAUCCACUGGUGUGGAGUUUCAGGAAGGCAACUUGGAAAGUUGCACCCAAGUUCAUCCCUCUAUCUUGCACUUACAUUGUUGUCUUCAGUGCAGGGAUUGCAGAGUGUCUCUGGCCUAAGACUUACAGACACAUUUUUGAAGAGAACAUAUGAGUAUGAUGAUAUUGCACAGGUCUGUGUAGUUUCUUCAGAAAUCAAGCAAAGCUGAAGAAAAAAAAAUCUGUAGUUUUACUGUGCUUCUUUUUAUUUUGACCAACUUCUUAAAGUUUUUGCAGUCAUUGUUUUAAAAUGAGUACAAACAAAAUCAAAUCCCUGUGUAGCUGUAAAUGUAAUAAUGAUAACUUAAUUUGUCUGAGCAUUUCUUGAAUGUUUUCAAAUCUUUUAUCUACUAAAAAUAAAACCUUUGAAAAAAGUGUAGUUCUAGCAAAUAAUAUUGCAUUUACAUCAACUCAGGACAGGGGUAUGAUAUUGAUAAGAAAUACUAGCAUUUUGUGCUUAUUUUUCUUAUUUUAAUUUUUUUAAGUAUUUAAACCCUUUUAAAAUCAUGUCUCUGACAAAACUGCUUCAGUUCAAAGGAACUGACCUUUUGCAGACAAGUUCCUUGAAUCCAAAUAAUAAAAAAAAAAAAGAAAAUAUAUGGUAUACCUGGCAUUGCAGUGUAUUUGCAUGGUACAUGUAUAGUCACAGGAAAUAAAACCUGAUAAAGGCAUGAGAUGAAAGAGUACAGCUGGCACUCUUGAGGUACUAGGAGCUAAGAAGGGGAGUAUAAGCCAAAAACUGUGUUUGUUGUGGCUCACUCGGUGAAGAGGAAGCAAUAUGACAAAUCAGUCCCAAUUAUCUGCAAUCAGGAGCAGAGUUGUGUGUCCCUGCAAUACAGGACAUGCAUUUUAUUUUCCAGUUAGUGGGGACCUGAAAAUUAAAAUUGUAGAACUCGGAUAGUUUUUUAUUGUUAAAAUAAGGUGGUGUAAAUUAAUUCUUUGCAUCUUAGAGGCAUUUAAAUAGAUUUUUCAGAACAAAAAAGGAAAAAAACCACCCUGCAUUGCUGUCUUAGAUCAAGUUUCUCUAAAUCAUGUACUGAAGGAAGUUUAGGGCCUGGUCAAGAACUACACUAUGCUUUUUCCCAAAUAAAAAAGCUUUGUUUUGACAAAAACUGGAAAUAAUUUUGGCUGAAGUAUCUAUGGUCAUCCAUAGGUAGCUAUUUAGUAGAUAAAAUGGUGACUAGGUAAACUGUUGUUAAAGACUCUAAUCAGCAGCUUGUAUUUCUCAGCUACCAUGCUGUCAUUUAGCAACUUUGACACUAUUUUAUUUAAGGCUUCUCAUGUACAAAAUCUUAAUGUAGUGUUCAGUGUUAAAAUACUGGAUAAAUUUAGGACCAGCUUCAUAGAUUGUGGGACCAAGUCCAUACAGGAAACAGUAAACUGGAAAUGUAUCCUAC